CGUGCUUUGCCCUGAUUGGCUGCUCUGGCCGCCCGGGGCUUGGCGGGAGCUUCCGGCUAGGCGGACGCGCGUGCUCCGUCCUCAUUGGCUGCUCCGAGCCGCGCGGGAUUGGCGGGAGUUUGGGGAGUAGCUGGGGCGGGGAACUGGCGAUGGCGCCGCCACAGCGAGUGAAGCGCCCGGGGCGUGUAGGUGGAAGAUAUUCAAAGAACACCUUAGGAAGAACACUUCCCAUGAAAGAUAAAACUGAUCCAAAGUGCAAGCCUCCUGAUGCGUUUGAUUUUCCUGAUAAUUCUGAUAGCUCAAAGAUUGGCAGGUUGGAUGAAAUUGAGAAAGAUGAAGAACCUUAUGAAACCUUUGAUCCGCCUUUACACAGCACAGCUAUAUAUGAUGAUGAGGAAGAAUUCUCCAAACACUGUGGAUUAUCCAUCCCUUCAACUCCUCCAGGACAAGAAGCAAAAUGGUACAGUUAUAUUUCAAGAAAUUGUUUAACCUUGGUUAUUGGGAUUUCUGAGGAACUCUUUUCUAGAAGAAAAUUCAGGCCCAUCAGGGAUGAGUCAGAAAGCGCUGAAGAAAAUGAGAUAAGAAGAAAAGUUAAAUCAGCAGGGAAAACAAGCACACAGCAACAUGAAGCUCUUCCAACUGCAGCAUCUUCAGAAUCUCCAGAGAAACCAGUGGAAUCAGUCCCUUCUAUACAGACAGGACACCUUAGUGCCCAGCCCCCUGCUGAAAGAGAGACACUGGCAACAGAAAGUCAUCAGAAAACUCAGGAAAAAGGGAAGAUGUCUUAUGGUAAAAGGGAGAGGCCAAGAAGUGAAGCUACAGACGCAGGUACUUCUGAUGUCGUACGUAUUUGGUGUCUAGACGGAAAGAAAACCAGUGACAUCAUGGAGUUGGAUAUUGUUUUGCCUGCGCUGGAGAAAACCCUCCUAGAGUAUGAACAAAGAAUAGGAUCCAAAAUCUGUAAGGAAGCCAUCAACAAAUUUUAUUUUAAUAUUAAAGAAGAACUCAUUAAGAUGCUUAAAGAUGCCCACAUGUUAAGAAAGCUGAAAAGGAGGAAUGCUAAGAUGAUUUCAGAUAUCGAAAAGAAAAGGCAGCGUUUGGUUGAAGUCCAGGAUGAACUCCUUGGGUUAAAGCCAGAACUGAGACAACUACAAACAAGAUACACUGAGCUUAAGGAGAGAAAGUCUUCCCUUAGAAGUGCAGCAUAUUUCUUAUCUAAUUUAAAACAGCUCUAUAGAGACUAUUCAGAUAUUCAAGAGAAAGAACCAGAAGCAAAGGAAACGUAUGACUCAUCCAGCCUUCCAGCUCUGUUAUUUAAUGCAAGAACCAUUUUGGGAGCUGAAACUCAUCUCCAAAAUAUCAACCUUCAAUUAGAGAAGCUCCUUGACCAGGAAUGAGAAGACCAGUCUCCCAAAGUGUGCCUGUCAUCAACUAAUUCAGCAUCCUCAGUGGCUUCUAAAAGACAAACAUCAUCUGUGUCAUCGUCCCAUCCAGUGUCAGAAGACACAUCUGCUGACAACUCAUGAGGUGACUGCUGAUGAGGAGUCUUGGUCCUACUGUUGUCUGCAUCAUCUGUUGGAAACUCCUCUUCCUUUAUUUCAGAGGGAAAAGGUGAGGGGAAGAUACAUGUGAUUUCACCAACACAACCUAUAUUGAAUUAAGGUAUUAACAAUGACCAGCCCUUCAGCAGGUACCAAAGUAGACAUGCUGGACAGCUCCUAUCUCUCCAAGCUGAGACUCAUAUGAAAUUCCAUUUUCCUGCAUUUUUCAGUAUCUCGCAAUGGGGCAAGGGCAGAUUUAACAACUGGAAUUGGAAAAACCACUUGCUUUCCUGACAAUGGACUUAUUUCCCUAGAACAUGGAUUGAAAAAAGACGAUUUUUGGAACAACUGCAAAACAUGGCCAGAUUAAACGUGUAGAUAAGAGUACUGUACUGAUGUUAAAUUUCUUGCAUUUAA